AUGUCGUCAAAUACAGACACGCCGCAGCCGGCCCAGGCACCUCAACAGGGCCAGGGUCACGUUCAGGAGUCGGAGCAGAAGAAAUGGCAGAGCAACAACGGAGGCAGGCCCAACGGCAACAAGCGCGGGUUCCAGGGCCAGGGCCAAGGCGGGCGCGGCAAGGACAAGCAGCGCAAGUCGAAGCGUGAGAGGAACAUCACCGAAGGGUCUUCGGAGGAGGUCUUGGCGGCCGAUGUGCAAGCGCUCAUCGCGUCCCGCAAAGAGUCUCUCCCCGAGCCAGCUGCGGCUGCGGGAGCGGGAGAUGCGGGUACCGGUACGGGCACGGAGGUGAAGGAAGGCGAUGCCGAGACCGCGGCCGAGACCCAAACCCAACCCCAACCCCCGUCACAACCCGCCCUCCCGGCCCCCUUCACCGAGAUCGAGGUCGAGGUCCUCGCCCUCUCCUCGACGGGCGACGGCCUCGCCGUGCACGCAGGCUCCCCGCCCACACAAAUCUACGUCGUCCCCUUCGUGGCCCCCGGCGACGUCGCAAAGGUCAAGGUCAUCCGCCACUUCCCCGCCGAGUCCUACUCCAUGGCCGACUACCUCUCCGUCGUCACCCCGGGCCCGCUGCGCGACGACACCCGCGUCAACUGCAAGUACUUCACCCAGUGCUCCGGCUGCCAGUUCCAGAUGCUCAGCUACGACACCCAGCUCGCCCACAAGCGCACCAUUGUCGAGAAGGCCUUCCGCAACUUCUCCAACCUCGACCCGUCCCUCGUCCCGGACGUCGCCGAGACCAUCGGCAGCCCGCUGCAGUACGGCUACCGCACCAAGCUCACACCGCACUUUGACGGGCCCCCGGGCCACCACAAGAGGAACAAGCCGCGCCAGGCCCUCGACCGCGUCCCCGACAUCGGCUUCAACGUCAAGGGCCGCCGCGCCGUCCUCGACAUCGAGGACUGCCCCAUCGGCACCGACGCCGUCCGUCUCGGCAUGAAGCGUGAGCGCGCCCGCAUCGCCCGCGACUACGGCACCUACACCAAGGGCGCCACCAUUCUCCUCCGCGAGAGCACGAAGCGCUACCCGAAAAAGGUCAUCGGCGGCGGCGGCGACGGCAAUGCCGCUGCGACGACGGCGGAGGGACAACCGGAGACGGAACCGGAACCGGAGCAGCAGCAGCAGCAGCAGCCCCCUGCCGAGACGCCCUCGGACGCGAUCCGCAUCGACACCGACACCCACACGGACAUCAAGACGUGCAUCUCGGAGCCGGGCGCCAUGAGCACCGAGUACAUCGGCCGCUACCUCUUCACCAACCCGGCCAACUCCUUCUUCCAGAAUAACAACUCCAUCCUGCCCACCUUCACGGGCUACAUCCGUGACCGCGUCAUGCCGCCCGCCGGCCCCAACCGCGACCGCAUCAAGUACCUCAUCGACGCCUACUCGGGCUCGGGCCUCUUCACAAUCACCCUCGCCUCCCUCUUCCGCGGCAGCACGGGCAUCGACAUCGCCAAGGACUCCAUCGAGUGCGCCCGCAAGAACGCCCGCCUCAACGACCUGCCCGAGUCACAGUGCAACUUCAUGGCCGCCGACGCGCCCCAGCUCUUCGCCCACGUCACCUACCCGGCCGACGAGACCGUCGUCGUCAUCGACCCGCCCCGCAAGGGCUGCGACAACGACUUCCUCAGCCAGCUGCUGCGCCACGGGCCCAGGCGCGUCGUCUACGUGAGCUGCAACGUCCACACCCAGGCCCGCGACGUCGGCGUCCUGGUUCGCGGCGACGGCGGCGACGGCACGAGGUACGACAUUGAGAGCCUCGUCGGCUUCGACUUCUUCCCGCAGACGGGUCACGUCGAGGGCGUCGCCGUAUUGAACAGGGUUGAAAAGGCGGCUUAA